AGCAUUCAUUGUCAAUGCCAUGCCGUCCAUAAGUUCACGAUCAUCAGAGGACUGUACGACCACUUUCUAUUUGUCGUGGAAAGAUCAUGCUUUUUUUACACACUGACUGACACUCCAGCACAUGUUUUGCUCGUAACAAAGACAAACUUGAUGUUGAUCGAAGCUGUGUAGCACCUAAGUGGAGCACGGAAAGUUUUCCAAGUAGCGACAUAAAAAAAAAAGUUCUUGGUUAGUCCUUGUCCUCUUUUAAGUGCUCCUCUGUUCUUCCCCAAGAACUUUCUCAUCUACGAAAAGUACUAAUAAAUCCAAAAACCCACCAGCAUGGCGACCCAAGCAGCAUCCUCUUCCGCUCAUCCCGGCGGACCUCAAGACGACAACCCGGCAACAAGCAACCUGACCCCGCAGGACGCGGCUUUUCUUCGGGAGCACGCGUACCUGGCGAAAUUAGCGGAGAAGGAGAGGGAGAUCCAGAAGUACAAGCAAAUCGCGAAUGACGUGCAGAACCGCUUCGAGGACAAUUUCGAGAAAACUUCGCUGCGGUUCGCAAUGGUGGACCCGGCGGUGAACAUGGAGAUUUUGCUAUUACAGUGAAAAAUGCCCCCACCCCCAAAGUUGCACAAAUUUGUGAUGCGAAGUUUCCAAAUGAAAACUUUUUGUCAUGCAUGAAAGGAGUAUUUGUAUGAAUCUUUCUGAUGCAGAGUCUAGGCGUGUAUCGCAUCGCUUGCAUGACAAGCGCCACUCUUGCUGGGAUCUUUUGCAAUGCAAAUUUUUUCUAUUCACGAUUGGAAGUCUGUGAUGCUGAUAGAUGCAAGAGGGCGGAUGUUUCAUUUGGAAAGAUUUGCAAUACAAAUUUCCCCAAGUUCGGGGGUGGGGGCAUUUUUCCUCUCAAUAUCUGCGGCUACGGCAAAAAAUACGCUCCCAGGACGAGGAAAUCGACGCACUGAAAAUGGAACUGAAAGCGACACAGUUUAAGCCGACGAGGUAGACAUAGUUUCAUGUGUAAGUAAGUAUUCCUUUAUUGCACCCUGUAGAAGUUUUGCUUGCAAUCUGUGUAUUGCAUCUACUUUCGUUUCCAUCACAAAAGAUCAGAAGCAUUACACUUCCAAUACUAUUCUUUCACCCCUGAAUAUGAAUUAACAGUAUCUCCGGGCAAAAGCUGAUGAAGAAGUGCCGCGCUCUUUUGGAAGAAAACCAGUCGCUCGGCCGCCAGAUUUCCGAGGGCCCGAUUCAGGAUCUGCUGGUUGCGCUCGGGUAUGAAAUGCAAAAAUGUCUGGGUCUGGGAACUUGUGAUGCUACUUUGUCAAUGGUGGGCGCAUUGCAAUAUGCAGCCACGCAUGACAAGUUUUUGAACUUCUGUGUGUUUCGCUUUCCGCAUGACAAACUGCAUAUUGGCAUGACAGGAGAGAGGGCCUUUUUCCUGCUCGUGCAUUACAGAUUUAAGAGUCGUGUGACGCAAGCACGACAAACUUGCACUCUUCCAGACCCAGACAUUUUUGCAAUCCAUAUCGGGAGCGAGAGGCAAACGGUGAAACAGUUGAAGGAGAAGCUGAAGCAGUCGGAAACCGCGCGACUUGAACUUGAUAACGAGUGCGAGCGGCUGUGUGCCCUGGUGGAGUCAAACGGGGGCAUUAGUGAGCUCCCCGCGAUGGAAAACCCGAUGUACAGCGAGAUGAUGUCCGGCUUGGGGUACAACAAUUCAUCCGCUGGUGUCGCGGGCGGUGGGACCCACUCCGCGUCUUCUAACGGAAACGAGAAUUUCGAGAAGGAGGACGGCACGACGAAGUCGAAGAAAUCCUCUACGGGAGAGAAGCGGUCCGGGAAUGAUAAGAACGGGGAAAAUGGGGUGGACAAGAAAAAGAAAGACCGAAAACGAAGAAAGGUCAGUCCCGGGGCCAGCGGGGCGGUGGAAGAGAAAGAGGAACGGAGUAAAUAACAGUUCGUAAUGAACGGCUGGAUAUGAAUGUGUUGAGCAGCGCGACAUAUCUACAAGACAAUUCCGAUUUUCACUGACAGCUUUUCACUACACAAUAGACUGAACAGUUUGAGUCUUAAACAGAAAUGUCUAGCAACGAGCUGAGUAUCC